CCGAGCACGGAAGAACCAGGCUGGAGUGUUAAAGGUAAGGCUGUAGACAUUGACCAGGUUGCAAAGAAUCGAACAGUGUUUGUUUUACGCUAAAGUUGCACUCCUGCAUCCACAUGAGUCGUGUCUUUGUCUAUGGCACCCUGAAGAAAGGGCAGCCAAACUACUUCCGUAUGUUUAACAGCACCAAUGGAAAGGCAGAGUUCCUCGGCUCAGCUUUCACCUCUGAGAAAUACCCACUAGUGAUCGCCGGCAAGUACAACAUCCCUUUCCUCCUCAACAUCCCCGGCCAGGGUCACAGAGUCCACGGAGAGAUCUACAAAGUGGACGACAAGAUGCUGAAUUUCCUGGACGACUUUGAAAGCGUCCCCACCAUGUACCAGAGGACUCUGGCCAAGCUGGAGGUGAAGGAGUGGGUGGGGCAGACAGAGGGAGAGGAGACGCUGUCACCGGGAAACAUCACGGAGGCGUUUGUGUACAGCACGACAACGUACCAGCCAGACUGGCCCUCGCUGCCCAGCUAUGAGAGCUAUGACUCACAUGGAGAUCAUGGGCUCGAGUAUGUGACCAGAGAAGCACGAGACUGAUGGAGCUCGCUGGUGCAUUCACAUGGAUGUUUGUCUCCUGUUUACCUCAGAGCCUUGUCUAAACACAGCUGUCUUUAUUUUCAUGAUUUUAGACCAACUAUGGCGUAAAAUCAAACCAGAAAGCACGUUGUAGUGUAAUUCUUCAGUAUGUACUGUAUCUUUAAAAUCAGCCUUCUUAAUGCAAUAUAUUAGAACUGAUUAGUUUUUUUUUUUAAAGGAAUAAGUCUAAAUGGUCUCGUUUGCUGACAUUUAAAUGUGUUACGUUGUUGAUAAUAAUUUCUUUGGUCUCAGUAUGUCAUUCCUUUCAGGUCUCUGAAUUGUCUCAUUUGAAGUACUUGAAACGGCUUCACACGUGGUGAAAUGUUGCACUGUAAAUUCAAUUUCAGAGGGCAUUCAUCAUACUUCUGUCCAGUUUCUCCUAUGAAAUAUGUAGUAAAUAAAACUGAGGAUAACUCAGCUAAAUUUUGCUUCGAUUUAUCAUUUGACUUUUUUUCUUUCAAAUCCUUUUUCUGCAUCGUUUUUUCAUGCUUUUCCUUUAUGUUGUGUUCUAAUCCCGUCAGGGCCUGUGUAACCAUGUAAACCAGAUAAAAACAAAAGACUUCA